CUUCCGGUCCUUCCCUUUUGUUCUUCCGGCAGCGAACGCGCGCUGCGCCCUGCGCUCAGCGGGCGUCUCCGGGGGCCGCGGGCCGGUGGGCGCGUCCUCCUGGCAUCAUGGCCCGAAACGCAGAAAAGGCCAUGACGGCCUUGGCAAGAUUUCGCCAAGCUCAACUGGAAGAGGGAAAAGUGAAGGAACGAAGGCCCUUCCUAGCCUCAGAGUGCACGGAGCUGCCCAAGGCUGAGAAAUGGAGACGACAGAUCAUUGGAGAGAUCUCUAAGAAAGUGGCCCAGAUUCAAAAUGCUGGUUUGGGCGAAUUCCGGAUUCGUGACCUAAACGAUGAAAUCAACAAACUGCUAAGAGAGAAAGGCCACUGGGAGGUCCGGAUCAAGGAGCUGGGGGGCCCUGAUUACGGAAAAGUUGGCCCUAAAAUGCUGGAUCAUGAAGGCAGAGAAGUCCCAGGAAAUCGAGGCUACAAGUACUUUGGUGCAGCAAAAGAUCUGCCUGGCGUUAGAGAGCUAUUUGAAAAAGAACCUCUUCCUCCCCCGAGAAAGACCCGUGCCGAGCUCAUGAAGGCGAUCGACUUUGAAUACUACGGGUACCUCGAUGAAGACGAUGGCGUUAUUGUGCCUCUGGAGCAAGAAUACGAGAAAAAAUUCAGAGCCAGCUUAGCAGAGAAGUGGAGAGCGGAGCGAGAGGCCCGGCUGGCGCGAGGAGAAAAGGAAGAGGAGGAGGAGGAGGAGGAAGAGAUCAACAUCUAUGCUGUGACCGAGGAGGAGUCGGACGAGGAGAGCAGCCAGGAGAAAGGAGGGGAGGGCGGCCCGCAGAAGUUCAUUGCUCACGUGCCGGUGCCGUCUCAGCAGGAGAUCGAGGAGGCGCUGGUGCGCAGGAAGAAGAUGGAGCUCCUGCGGAAGUACGCCAGCGAGACCCUGCAGGCCCAGAGUGAGGAGGCCAAGAAGCUCCUGGGGUACUAGGGCCAGGCCAGGCCCGCAGGUCAACUGGGCUCUGCUGCGUGGGGCUGCACAUGGGGCUGGUGCCCGCUGGAGCCCGGCGCCGGGCGCCUUUCCUCCCUCCGCACCCCCAGGCCUGUGUGGCAGUCUCGCCAUCUCCUCCCCACACAAGCAUU